AUGCGGAUUUCCGACUUAGCUUUCCUUUUCGGCGCCAAAUUGGUGGCCUCGGUCGGGGGCAGCUCUGCGUCCGGAGCCGGUCUCCUGGCUGCAUACAACGGUAACGUCAGCACGAUCCAAGACAGCGGAAAGCCUGCGGCUGUAGCUUCGUACCUCCAGCGCACAAAUCCAAGCGGGGAGCCCCGGAAUUGCCAACCGAAAGCAAAAACGGCGGACCCUUCCUCGCUGGGUGUCGACAAUGUUAAGCAGUUCAGUGGCUAUCUUGAUGACAAGGCGCAGGACAAGCACCUAUUUUAUUGGUUCUUCGAGUCUCGUAACGAUCCCGCCAAGGACCCCGUGAUCCUAUGGAUCGAGGGAGGCCCCGGGUGUUCCUCCAUGCUCGGCCUCUUCCAGCAGCUGGGUCCAGCUAGGAUUAAUGGGAAGCUCAAGCCGGUUCCUAAUCCUUUCUCCUGGAAUAGCCGCGCGUCUAUAAUUUUCCUCGACUCACCAGUGAAUGCCGGAUUCUCGCGCAGCCGCCAGCGAGUGAAUUCUACGGAGGCAGCUGCAAAGGAUGUCUACAAGGCUAUGCAAGUUUUCUUCCAGCAAUUCCCGGAGUACGCCAGGCAAGACUUCCAUGUGGCUGGGAGUUCGUACUCGGGUCAUUAUGUCCCUGCCAUCGCUGCCGAGAUGCUUUCCCAUGAAGACCGAAACAUGAACCUCAAGAGCGCUAUCAUUGGAGAUGGAAUAACCGAUGCCUUAGUUCAAUUUCAAUCUUAUCGGCCCAUGGCCUGUGGCGAGGGUGGUAUUGCAGCAGUCGUUAACGAGACCGUCUGCCAGGCUAUGAAAGAGGUGGAGCCAAAAUGUCGAGACCAGAUCCAGUCAUGCUACGACACUGCUGAUGCAACUACUUGUUCGCAUGCGCUCGACGUCUGUAAUAAUGCCCUCAUUUCUCCUGUGGCGGAUAAUGGGGUCAAUAUAUAUAACUUACGCGAGCAAUGCAGUGGCAACUUCACAAACUUCUGCAGCAAGAGUGUGCCACCCAUUACGAGCUGGCUCAACCAGAGGGACGUAAUGAAAACGUUAGGUGUCGAGGGAGUCGAUCGCUGGGAAGUUUGCAGUGCAUCCAUUUUUUCCGAUUUCCUGGGGACAGGUGACUGGGUGAAGCCCCUCCAGCAACAGGUCUCCAAGGCCCUAGAGAAGAUUCCGGUACUUGUGUUUGCUGGCGACGGGGAUUUCAUCUGCAACUGGCUCGGCAACCGGGCCUGGACCGAGGCACUCGAGUGGCCAGGUCGCGAUGCCUUCAGCAUGGCCCAGACUCAACGCAUUCGUGUUACCUCAGGCACGAACAGCGGCGACUACGGCGAGAUCAAGGCAGCGGACAACUUCGCCUUUGCUCGCAUCUUUGACGCUGGCCAUUUUGCGAUCCUGGACCAGCCCGAAGCCACACUCGAUCUUGUCAACCGAUGGAUGGCCGGUGAGUGGACGCAGCGCUGA